AUGGCUAGCCAGCAGGUACAACAUGUACAGCCCAAUAAGGUUCGAGUCGCCAAGAUAUCACAAGAAACUUGGGAAUCGUACAAGAGCGAUAUCAGUCGCCUCUACUUAGAAGAAAGAAAAACAUUGGACCAAGUACGAUUGGUAAUGGAAGAAAGUUUGGGGUUCAUCGCAACUAAGGCCCAAUAUAUUCGCAUGGUCAAUGAAGUUUGGCGCCUGAAAAAGAAUAUAAAAGGCAGUGACCUCGAUUGCAUAGAUACUCGUGAGAGGAAAAGAGCAAGAGAUGGCAAGAAAACUGGUGUUAAACUAGGCAAUCGACAACUAGACGAAAGUGAACUGCGGAGAAAGAGAGGUCGACACCACGUUUCCGUCAUUGAGCAGCAUCAGCGCCGGGUUGCAGCACAGCCAAAUGAAAAAAACAUUGAACCGGCAACUCCCGAGGGAAUGGAGAUUUUUACCCCAACCCCAUCGAUACCGUCUCCCCAAAACACGGAUUUGGUGGCGUCAGGAACUCAAGGUCGUUUGUUCCUAAACUCUAUGGUCUCUCUAUCGAAGUACUCCCCUUCGCCAGGUACCCCAGUUACUUCGUUGCCGUGCCCGCCAGUACCUAUCAAAGAACUUGCAAAAUUAGGCGUAUCACUUCAACUCGCUUCAUUCUCAUUGCCAAGUUCGCCCUCCAAUAAUUCGAUAAUUAUUGCCUCUAGCUCUUCGAGUGAGCUACUACCAUAUAUAAGUUUCGAGGACCCCGCUAGUGAAGGAGAAUCGUCAGACGCCAUACUCUUACCCCGCGAGUUUUCGCCAGAUGCGGCUCAAUUACGCGUUAUCAUAUCCUCACAGGUUCGAGAGUAUCUUCAUCCUGUUGCUCUCUACAACAAUGUAUUCCACACAACUCCGGGCGUAGGCUUUUCGAUUCUAUUCGAAAAUCACCUCGAAGAGAUUUUUGAAGGAUCAUAUGAGUCGCUCGUUAGAGCGAGUAAGAAAUAUCCCGUAAUAGAGGAGGUGCUCUCACAUAAACCAAUCACCGAUGUCGUAGAAUGGUUAUUUAAAAUGCGACUCAAUCUACUCGAAUCAUCGCAAUCAACAAUCGAGGUAAUAUGCUUUUUGAAGGCUUAUAUGAUUAGGCUUUCGAACAACAUUGACGGAGGCUCUACAAGGCGUAUGAUCAUGAAUCAAUUACUAAAGUCUGGAAUAAUUCAGAAACAUAUCAAGACAAUCGAAAUGAUACUUCGGGAGGCUCGCUUGAGAAAAUCAAGGCAUAUCAAUACGUCACCUGAAGUUUUUGCCAAUAACCCAAAUCACUAUUCGACUGGAUUUGAACUCAUUGUUGAAAAUUUUGCUACAGAGUUGCUCUAUGGCGCUGCUCGGACUGGAGACCAACUUAUUGUAAAUUUAAUGCUCCGAAUUUGCUUCCCAGGAGAGGAGGCUUUGAGCCAACGAGAGACUUUAAACGACAAAGUCGGCACAACGGCAAUCCAAUAUGCGAUAGAGUACGGAAAUAUUGAUAUCUGUUAUCUUCUCCUACGACAAGGAUUUGAUGUGAACGUCCCCCCAAUUUCCGAUUUCUCCCCUUCUCUGUUGUGGACCGCCGUUGCCCUCGAUUUUCCAGACCUUGUUUCGGACCUAGUGCACGUUUACAAUGCCACUGUUGAGAUCCGCAAGGACUUCGACUGUACAGCUGGAAAUAGCUCCCUCUGUCAUUAUAUAAAGGAGCUCUUACGUAGCAGGAGGGCCAUAUACGCGGGUUCCUGGGUAUCUACGCAUCAAACCAUGGGUGAAUAUAUACACAAGUUAUUCUACCUCACAGACUCUAAGUUGUAUCCAACAACGACUGCACUUCGGCUGAGCAUAAGGCUGGAUAGAGUAAAAUGUUUUUCAGGGAUUCUAGAUCUGCCGAGUACUUUUGGCCACAAAAGACACGAACUUCAGGGGCCAAAUGGACUCUGUCAUCUUUUCAAGGUCGCAAUGGCUAAUUGGUCGCCUGUGGUAGCAGAGUAUAUAGCGGAGCGCAUAUCCUUAGACAGCGAACUUGCCAAUCAUCCGAGGGUCGACUCCAUUCUGCAAUUAUCAAUCCAGAAAAUCAAUAUUUCUCGCACCAAACUACCUUUACAAAGCGGCGUGGAUCUUCACGCAAUCCAUUCUCCAGAUUUUCGAGAUGCGUUCACUUCGGGACCGUACGAAUAUACAGAGUGCGUACUAUUAUGGCUUCGGCGCCAGGGCCUUAUUGAACGAAUUGGUCUGCGAUAUUAUAGUGAGCAUGGUAGAAGUCUUGAAAAGUCUCAAACAGAAAACAAGACCUUAAGUAGCAGAUUUGGACCAGUCUCUGACCUUAACACCCGGAUAACUUCAAGGGAAAAGACUACAGUCCAUAUUUUUGCCCUGGACACUGAAAUAGACCGUGGUAUAGCCGCUAUAGAGGUUUUGGUCGAAAGCCUUUGUCCCAGUGACCGUGAUCUACUGCGAAACCGGAUCACCAUUUUAUCCAAAUUGUCGAAGCGCCUGGAUAUAUUCGUCAGCUUGGGCACGGAUCUCGGAGUCGAUAUAUUUCCUCAGAAUUCAGUACAUAUUUUAAUACGGCCCGUGAGAGAUUCCCAGAGUUUAUCUUAUUUCGAGGGAACUUCGCGAUUGUUCAAUGAUAUAUGGCCUACAAAAUCAUCUCCCCAAAAUCAGACCACUGAAUUAAGGGCAUCCUGGGACCCGGGAUACGAACCGGACCUGGAAAAGCUCAAAAACCUAUUUGAUUUCGACAAGCUCGACGAAACAACCGGGUCCACUAUUCGCUAUGGUAAUAAAACGGAAUAUCCACAAACAAAAAUCGAGUUGGAGAUGGCCUUCUCUCGAGAACGGUUAUCUAGGAAGUUAUGGCGUGUGAAUGCCGAAGGCAUCGUCGAAGGCAUAGUAUUUCAAGAUUGGAACUUGCCGGAAGAGGAUACUACAAAUUUUGAGCACGCCAUGGACUUUGUUCGCUGGAAUGCCCCUCUGAAGCAACAGAAACUGCAAUGUGCACUCUCAAUGGAGAUAAUACCGCUACUCACUGGCACUGGAGCCUUGUCCCUCCUCCGACUUGCCGUCCACUGUGAUGCGUACGAAACCGUACAGGUCAUAUUUAAAAGCCACGAAGGGCUAAAAGUUACAUGUGAAAUCCUUCACGAAGCAGCAUGGUUCGCUAGACCUGAAACAUUUGACCUCAUAGUAGGACAAUACUGGAUUUCGGUUGGGGACAUGCACAACGAAGCUACGAACUUUGAGCUUAUACUCCUCGUUACCAUCGUAGCCGGAAACCUAUACAAAGUCAUUAACAUAUUACCCUUUACGAAUAUCGACCACGAUUAUGGGCGGGAGAGAACUCCAUUGGGUGUCGCGAGUUUUCUGGGCCGGCUAGAUAUCUGCAAAGUUCUUUUGGGAUCAGGAGCUUCGAAAUAUUUAUCAAAAUAUGAGAAAGAGGCCGGCGAAAAGGGCAACUUCGCAAUUCAAACCAUCCUACGGAUGGCAAUAAAUGAGCGAGGUGAGGCUCAAAGUGGUAAAGAAUUGACGGAUGGUGGGGCUGACACGGUUGGACAUGCCGUGAAUUCCCGAAGACACCUCAGACUUUAG